GGUCUUGAGAUGUCUGAGCCCUUGCUUAGCCCCUGAACGCAGCAGCAGUGUGUGUGAGUAGCGUAGAGGAAGUGGCGGCUGAUCUGGGUCCGCACCUUUUCCGGUAACACAGCACCGCUGUGACUGAACGGCUGGAGAGAGAGAGGGAGGAAGAGAGACAGAGAGCGGCAAGAGCGGGGAGAAACGGCCCGGGGACUGGGGAUGAUUGCCGCAGACGGGGAAGAGAAGAAAGUCGGAUGAAUCAAUGACCUUUUGAACGCUCUUCCUGUGGAUGUUCCGAUGCAGAAACGGACCGUAAAUCUAUUUUUUUGGGCGUGAUUUGAUACGAAAAACACUGCUCUGAAAUCAAUCGACUCGAUUCGGCUAAGGGCAAGUGUGGACAGCCGGCAGCCAAGGAGGAAGUGGGAACCCCGGGCUUUGACAGGGCCUGAUUUAUAUAGUAAGCUAGGCACAAAAAAAGCCACUCUGUUUCAAAAAAUCUAAUGAGAGAAAGAAGAUUUUUGACCGAGAAGAAACACUUGAAAUGUGGAUUUUGAAGGAAGUCUAGUUUGAAACAACGGGAUGUCAUUUUUUCUCCUUAUAUCUGAGGGCAGUGGAUCAUGAACAUAUAUCUCCACCCAAUUCUGCGAGGGCAACACACAUACUGCUCCCCUUGAAGUCACCCUCUCAGGAGAAGUUUUUUUCUUCUAUCAAAGUAUUUAUGCACAGCAAACAACAUGGGCAAAAUGCUGUCAAAGAUCUUUGGCAACAAGGAGAUGAGAAUAUUGAUGCUUGGACUUGAUGCCGCUGGUAAAACUACCAUCCUGUACAAGCUGAAGCUUGGACAGUCGGUCACCACCAUCCCCACCGUUGGCUUCAACGUGGAGACGGUCACAUAUAAGAAUGUGAAGUUCAAUGUCUGGGAUGUGGGGGGACAGGACAAGAUCAGACCACUGUGGAGACAUUACUACACAGGCACCCAGGGCCUCAUUUUCGUGGUGGACUGCGCUGACAGGGACAGGAUCGAUGAGGCGAAGCAGGAGCUCCACCGAAUCAUCAACGACCGUGAGAUGAGGGACGCCAUCAUCCUGAUCUUCGCCAACAAACAGGACCUUCCAGAUGCCAUGAAACCCCACGAGAUCCAGGAGAAGCUGGGCCUGACCCGGAUCAGAGAUAGGAAUUGGUACGUUCAGCCCUCAUGUGCGACAACAGGGGAUGGACUAUACGAGGGCCUGACCUGGCUUACCUCAAAUUACAAAUCUUAGUGUUUCUCCAUUCACCAGCCUGGACACUUUGAGGCAAAUAAAGUAGCCGAGAAUGAAAAAAAAUGCAAUCUGAAGCAAUUAAUACAAUGACCUCUCUGCUAAGUGUAUAUCAAAGAGAGUAGCAAUUAUAUUUUUGUUUUAUUUUUCUUUUUUGAUAUUGACUUCAAUAUAACCCCAGAUUUCAUUUAAACAACAGACAAUUUAUUUUUCUGGCUUUAUUAUUUCUUUAUUUUGCUUUGGUUCACUUUCUGUAUAAUCAGUAUUGUUUAAAUAUACAACACGCUCUCCUUUGAGCUCUUCUUUUGUUCACCUCUUUUUGUAUAAUUUCAUUUUAGGGGACUCUUUGGGUUACUUUUACCUAUGCUUGACUCUCAUUCAGUAUUCCCAUGACCCAGCUACAUAUCCAAAGGAUGGGGAAAGUCCAGAAACCAUUGCCUACAUCAGCAUAUCGCUUUCAUGGCCCAAACGGCCUCUGUAAUUUGAAAUAAUGUACAUUCUGGAUAUGUUUGGACAUCAAGAAAAAAAAAAAGUUUUCAUAAUUGAUUGUACUGGGAUGGUUGAGGAGAUGUGUUUGUUCUUAUUUCAUGUGCAGUUAUCACAUCCAUCAUGUCUACUGUGGCGGUUUGUUUGAAAGACACUAUGUGGAAGCUGGAUACUCACACACACUCACUGUGAUAUGGAUAUAUAUUUUUGUUGUUUCAGGGUCUUAAUCCGUUACCACCAUUCUCAUUUCUCUUGUGUUUUUCCCAGAGCUUCCAUUACUGUCGAGUAUUUGUAGUUUCAGUUGCCUUCAGGAGCAACCCGGGUUACAGGUGCCCCAAAAUCAAGACAGCGGCUGAACGUAUUCUAAAAUGUUGAGUUUGCACUUUGGGGGGGGGGGGGGGGGGUUGGUAACCAGUUAGCUGGCUGUGCACAUUUCAGACGUUCUGUGACUGACUUUUGGAACCCAGCAAGUGUUAACGAUAUUCCCAACCCCCCACCACCUCCAUGUAGGUGCUCAGUGACUACAACCCUUUAUUCUUUUUACCCAUCAUCCUCUGCCUGUACACUUAAGUUCCUGCACCAUCUUUCUGUUAAAAUUCCAAAAUAUAAUGUUCUGUUUAAAUUUUGUUCCCUUGCUCUUUUGCUAUGCUGAUGAAAUAAUAAAAAAAUAUAUCCAGAUCA